AUUCCUCUCUCGUUUUCUUUUACGUAGAGCAUACACCUCGUCUCAUACACUCCCUUCUAAUUCAUUAUUUAUUUUUUCAUGUCUUCAUCGACGAUCAAAGCCACCGAGAAGGAAGUCUCGCGCACAAAUGAAAAUGUGUUUUUGUUCAUACCUAACCUCAUUGGCUAUACACGAAUUAUCUUGGCUUCAUUAUCAUUGUAUUAUAUGCCAUGGCAUCCAAAAGUAUGCGUAAGUUUAUAUUGUAUUUCUUGUUUAUUGGAUGCUGUUGAUGGGAAUGCAGCAAGACACUUUAAUCAAUGCAGUAGAUUCGGAGCUGUUUUAGAUAUGGUGACAGAUAGAUGCACUACGACUUGUCUUUUAUGCUUUCUCUCGCUUCAAUAUCCUCAAUGGACGAUUCUUUUCCAGUUUUUGAUUUCGCUUGAUUUCAGCUCACAUUAUAUGCACAUGUACAGUUCAAUGAUUUCUGGAUCGUCGAGUCAUAAGAAAAUCAGUAAAAAGCAAAGCUGGUACUUGCAGAUUUAUUAUACCAAUAAUAUUGUCUUGUUUAUCAUGUGUGCCGGCAAUGAACUCUUUUUUGUUGCACUCUACGUUCUUAAAUUCAGUGGACCUUUAAACACGGCUUGGUAUAUCGCUCUAGGAAUCACAGGUGCCAUAUGCUUUGCAAAACAAUUUAUCAAUAUUGUCCAAAUUAUCAAUGCCAGCAAAACAUUAUCCACGAUUGAUAGAGAAGAAAGAGCAAAUUUGGGAAUCAAUAAAUUAAAGUAAAAAGCCCCUUCAUCGCCGCUCGGUAGGAUAGUGUUGCAGUUUAUAUAUAUUUGUCAGUCUCCUUCGUCAUAAUAAAAAGGCUUGAAAUGAUAAAAUGGGUUGUACACAACAAAAAGAAGGAUCAUGUUGUCACUCAAUCACGAAUGACUGUAACUCAAGAAAACGUCCCUCAUGAAACUGGAACUAGAUCCCAAUACUGUUUCUUUGUACAGUUCUACAGUUUAUAUUGAGACGUAUUCAAUCUUCCUUUUGGAUGAAAGCAUAGUUUUUGGUAUUAUACCUUUUCUGUCAAAAUGCUCAAUGCCCGC